AUGUCUUCGACCAUGUCCACAACGGCGGUGGACCCGGAACGUGCCAAGGAGAGCAAUACUGUUAUGAUCAUAGCCGUCACCGGGUCGUUCCACCUCAUCGCCCUUAUCUUUGUCUCUCUUCGAACAUACACCCGGGCAGCUAUUGUCAAGACAAUAGGAAUCGAUGAUUACAUGAUGAUCAUGGCCGCGCUAUGUGCGUUGGGUGGAGGUAUGGUGACAUUUAUCAUCCAAGCGUUUUACGGACUUGGAAAACACAAAGAUACAAUCAGCACGGCCGACAAUGUCGAGUUUUCCAAAGUUGGCUUUUUCCAGUCAAUCAUUUCGGCUAUUGCUGCCCUAGCCUUCCUCAAAAUAUCAAUUGCACUAUCACUGCUGCGGUUGAGCAAGAACUCCUGGUAUUCCCGGUCUUUGUGGGCACUCAUCGUUUUUGUUGUGCUAUACACAAUAAUGGCCUGGCUGAGCUUCUUCUUGUAUUGCACGCCACUGGCGGGUUACUGGGACAAGAGCCUCAAGCCUAAGACAUAUGGUAUCAAGUUGUUCGUCAACUUUGCUCUCAUCAACACUGCUUUCAACAUCUUCACCGACGUUUGCUUCGCUACACUGCCCAUUCCUAUCAUCUGGGUCCUGCAGAUGAAGCUGCGCACACGCGUCUACCUCAUUGGGGUACUCAGUUUGGGAUACUUUGCUGUCAUCAUGGGAAUAAUCAAGGCGGUCUAUCAAAUUGCACAACCCGGUAACAAAGACGGAACGUUCUACCAGAGCGUCCAAUUUUGGGGAUUCCUUCAGCUCAAUCUCGGCAUCAUCGCCGCCUGCGCACCCGCCAUCAAGCCCCUGGUAGGCAGAGCCCUCAAGAUAUCUUCGAGUCGUCGGUACAAGAGCGACAACCUUUACGAGAACCGAUACCCCACGGGCCGAACCGGUAGAACUGGAAACGUCACGACGAACGCUCGAAGACAUGGAUACAGGGAACAAGGGAGCCAGGGCGCGCCGGAAUUCGAGCUUGAAGAGACACCGUUCUCCCCAGGCCCAGAGCUGUACAGGACGAGCAUCAAGGGAGGGAACCAUCCGGCCGCAGUGGCGGUGUAUCAAAAGAAGGACAGUUUUGGUGACCGGUCAGGGAGCGAAGAGAUGAUAUUGGAGGCCGCAGGGAAUUUCCAGAACCGCGGUAUUAUGAGAACGACAGAGGUGUCAAUACAACGCUAA